AUGUACGCCAAUAAUUCAUCAAGCCAUGGUAUUGGGCGAAUAAACAAGCCCCCAUAUAACUCCCAUGCAAGAGCGCAGGUCCAUCAUCAAGACCGGUCAAACGCAUUGCAUAAUAAUAGUAACAACAAUAAUGAGCAAUAUCAGUCGAGCUUGGAUCAUCAGCUCGCGAGUCAAGAGAAGAAACAGGCGUUUCGACGGAUAACGGACCAUGGGAAUAACAUGGCACGGUGGUACUUGGAGAAAUCCAUUGGCAAAAACACGAGGCACCAGCAGCCUAUUGGCGUGAUUAGACCCGAAAGCUCGUAUUUGAUAGACUUGUUGCCCACCAUGGCAUACUCCUCGAGCUUCAAUCGCAACAGAAAAAACAACAGGAACAAUAUGGCGAUUUUGGACUUGGAGACGAAAUUCGUGCAUUUGAGUUCGAGCAAAGUCAAGCAUAGCAUAAAUACAGUCAAGUGGACCCCAGAGGGGAGAAGGUUGUUGGUGGCGGCGCACUCUGGCGAAUUCACGUUGUGGAAUGGCAUGACUUUUAACUUUGAAACAAUUAUGCAAGCGCACGAGUCGCCCAUAUUGACGAUGCAGUACUCGAAUAACGACGAGUGGCUAUUAUCGGGCGAUCAAAAUGGUACUAUUAAGUACUGGCAGCCGAAUUUCAACAAUGUCAACAACAUUGCCGCGCAUUCCAAUGGUGUGCGCGACAUUGCCUUUUCUCCCAACGAUAGCAAAUUCUUGACGUGUGGAGAUGACUCCUUGGUCAAAAUUUGGAACUUCAACAAUGGCAAAGAAGAGAGAAGUUUAUCGGGCCACAAUUGGGAGGUCAAGAGUGCCGAUUGGCAUCGGGAGUUGGGGUUGAUUGUCAGUGGAUCCAAGGAUAACUUGGUCAAAUUAUGGGAUCCGCGCGUGGGCGAAUGUAUAGCUACCCUCCACGGCUUCAAACACACCGUCAACACCACCCGGUUCCAGCCAUGUGGCACCAAGAGACUCUUGGCGUCGGUGUCGCGAGAUCGGUCGUGUCGAGUGUUUGACUUGACCACCAUGAAAGAUAUGCUCGUGAUUCGUGAUUCCGAUACUGAUCUCUCGUGUUUGUCCUGGCACCCGCAGCACGCGUCGCUUUUAACCACGGCCGCGUUCAACGGGGCCAUCAACCACUAUUUGCUCAACUCGUAUAUCCCCAACUCCAACGACUCGAUCCCGAAACGGGCAACGUCGAACAUCACGUCUCAAACGCAGUCGAUCGAUGCGGUGCAAAAAAUCCCUUUUGCCCACGAGCGUGCUAUCCACGCGUUGGAGUACCACCCCAUGGGGCAUAUUUUGUGUUCUGCGGGCUCCGACAAAUCGGCGCGGUUCUGGUCGCGGGCUAGGCCUAAUGAUCCCAUGUCUUGGAGGGAUCCAGUUUACACUGACGAGAAGAAUGGCGCUUGGUAUUAUGCUGUGAAUAAUAACGUAAAUGCCGUGAUGGAAGACCCGGCGCAGGCGAAAUACGCGGCUGCUGCUGCCCCUGAUAAUGCCAAUGUCGCUGCUACUACUACUGUUACGACUGCUACUGCUGUGAGUGAUGUUGCGGGUGAUACAAGCAACGGGGCACCGGAUGCCGCUUCGCGUAGUGCCAGUGCUGCUCCUAAUUUGGAUGCAUCUGGAUCGGGUGCCGCCAGCGGCCACGAGCGCAAACCACAUUUACCUGGUUUAAGUAUACCGGGACUUAGCUCAUACAGUUGA